AUGAGGGUGAGAUGCUCGCUAUUUAUUUUUAUGUUAUUCAUCUCAGGAGAACUCUGUGCAGAAGAGAAACCGUGUGAUUUUCCUACGGUGGAAAAUGGGAGGAUUGCCCAAUACUAUUAUACAUUUAGAAGCUUUUACUUUCCAAUGAGCAUAAACAAAAAGCUAUCGUUCUUCUGCUUGGCUGGCUAUGCAACCGGAAGUGGGAAGCAAGAAGAGCAAAUCAGGUGUACAACAGAGGGCUGGUCUCCGAAGCCACGGUGCUUCAAAAAAUGCCUGAAGCCUGUCCUAAGGAACGGUUAUGUCUCUGAUGAGAAAGUACUGUACAAAAUUCAAGAGAGCAUGCGCUAUGGUUGCACUUCAGGAUACAAAACCACUGGAGGGAAGGAUGAGGAGGUGGUCCAGUGUCUUCCUGAAGGAUGGUCUUCUCAACCGUCCUGCAGGAAGGAGCAAGAGACAUGCUUGGCCCCUGAGUUGUAUCAUGGCAAUUAUUCCACGAUGCAGAGAACGUUCCCAGUGAAGGAGAAAGUGCAGUACUCAUGUGCCGCUGGCUACUACACCGCUACAGGGAAGCAGGCGGAGGAAGCAGAGUGCCACCCCCACGGGUGGUCCCUCACACCGCAGUGCAACAAAUUAAUGUGCUCUUCUUUGAGAUUAAUAGAAAAUGGCUAUUUUCAUCCUGUAAAGCAAACCUAUGAAGAAGGAGAUGUAGUUCAAUUUUUCUGUCAUGAAAAUUAUUAUCUAAGUGGAUCUGAUUUAAUUCAGUGCUAUAACUUUGGCUGGUAUCCAGAAUCUCCUGUAUGUGAAGGAAGAAGAAAUCGAUGUCCUCCUCCACCUGUGCCUCAAAAUUCCAAAAUUCAACCACAUUCAACAACUUACCGUCAUGGAGAAACAGUUCGUGUAGAAUGUGAACUUAAUUUUGUGAUUCAGGGUUCAGAAGAACUACUCUGUGAAAAUGGGAAAUGGACUGAACCUCCCAAAUGCAUUGAAGAGAAGGAGAAGGUAGCCUGUGAGAAACCGCCCUCCAUUGAAAAUGGUGCUGCACAAGCACACUCUGAGAUUUACUACAGUGGGGAUAAAGUGACAUAUAGGUGUGAAGGUAGCUACCAUCUCCGGGGAUCAAGUACAAUAACUUGUAAUCGUGGCCAAUGGACGCUGCCACCUGAGUGUGUUGAAAAUAAGGAGAACUGUAAGCCUCCGCCUGAAAUAGCAAAUGGUGCUGUUGUUGAUGGCUUACUGGCAAGUUACACAACAGGGUCUUCAGUGGAGUACAGAUGCAAUGAGUAUUACUUACUGAGCGGAUCCAAAACAUCUCGCUGCGAACAAGGGAAGUGGUCAUCUCCACCUGUUUGCUUGGAGCCAUGCACUAUUGAUGUGGAUCACAUGAACAGAAAUAACAUACAGAUGAAGUGGAGAUACGAGGGCAAGAUUUUACAUGGAGACUUAAUAGAUUUUGUGUGUAAACAGGGAUAUGACUUGUCUCCAACAACCCGACUGUCUGAGGUAUCUGUGCAGUGCAAUAGAGGAGAUGUGAGAUACCCCGUGUGUGUUAGAAGAGAAUCUAAAGGAAUGUGUACAUCUCCUCCACCGAUAAAAAAUGGAGACAUUGUUAGUUCAGCAGUCAGCACCUAUGAAAAUGGCUCCUCGGUAGAAUACCAGUGUUUUGAUAACCAUUUCUUACAAGGAUCUAGGGAGGCCUAUUGUGUAGAUGGAGUGUGGACUACACCGCCAUUGUGUUUAGAGCCUUGCACAUUAUCAUUUGCUGAAAUGGAUAAAAAUUAUUUACAGCUGAAAUGGAACUUUGACAAUAGACCACUCAUUCUCCAUGGCGAGUAUAUUGAAUUUAUUUGUAAGAGAGAUGCGUACAUAACUGAGACAUCUAUUAGUGGGUCUGAACUUCGAGUGCAGUGUGACAGAGGAAAGCUGAAAUAUCCAAAGUGUACUCAAAGAUAA